CCCCCCCCCCCCUCUCUCUCUCUCUCUCCAACUCCUCAGAAACAAUCCUCAUCCUCCAGGACUCUCCCUCAUCGCGCUCCUUCUUCCUUCCUUCACUUUCGCCUAUUUUCCAUCAUUUUUUCCUCCCCAUCCCUUUCUUUUUACUUUCUCUGAAACCCAUUCUCAACCCUUAACACCUCCAGAGAUGUGAGGAGAUAAUGAGGACCCCCUGCCAGCGCUGCUGACUUGGAAGAUCCGUGCAUCCUCAUCUUUUGCUCUGUGUUUUUUCCCUCUCUCUCUCUCUCUCUCUCUCUCUCCCUCCUUUUUCUCGGAGGUUCAUCUGCCUCUCAACAAUGUAAGCGACGUACUGUCAGCUCAGUGAUGAAGAAGCACACUACUUGGCCCGUUUUCCCCGCUUCUUAUGUGCUCGCUCUUUCAGCCGGAGGGAAGGAAUGAAGGAUUUUUGCGCGGAGGCAAAGUUUGAGGGCACCUGCUCACCUGCCCGCCUCUGCCUUUAACUGAUUACCAGGAAGAGAGCAGAACAACAGAUGAACUUCUGAGCGAGCUGACUAUUGUUCUGGCUUGUUUAUUUAUUUAUAUUUUUCUCGCUUGAGUGGGAUUUGGUCACCUUCUUGGAGGAAUUCGAUGUGCGCCACGCUGAAGGAUAUGACUUAAAACAAAGAUGCUGGCGUUGACAGCUGGAGUAAGGUCCGUGACUUGAGUGCUUUUCUCACUUCAAACUAGAAAUUGCCCCAGACUUAGGUGAAAAGCCGUCCAAAUGGGAGGAUACCUGGAGGACUGAGGCGGAUUCGGCAGCCGAGAUAAGAUGUGGAUAAAAAGGAGCGCUGCGCGCAGUUCGCCUGCUCUGAGGCCAGGCAGCUGUGUGGGGCACUGGGUCUGGAUCCUGCUGGCCAUGACUCACCUCACCUUGGACUUCUCUGUGUGCAGCCCCCUCAGCCCGGGCCUGGGGAUCAAGCUCACACCUAAAUUGGUUGCUCGCUCCUGGCCUCGGUUGCAACCCCUCUGGGAUAUGCCCAACAAGCUUCACUGGAGAACAGUGGGCCCAUUGGCGCGUCGACUCCUCCACCCCGUUCCUCCACCUCAAGAGAACAGGGCAGGGAUGGGGCUAAAAUCCAAAGGUCAAAUGCACCGGAAGUUAGCACAUAGAGGACAAGCGGCAUGUAAGGAUUGCUGGUCCAAAUACUCUCAAACAGAGCCAAGUGACCCUUUGGCUGGGAUAGUAGAAACUCCAGUGGCGUCGAGAGGAAAGUUGUUAAUCAGAGCCAGGAGGCAACUCAAAGGGAACAGCUACAACAAGCUUCAGGAGGGCCCGAAUGCUACGGUGAAUACUAAGGGGACUACUACGGUGCCUAGUUUCAUAGACUGGGGACCCACAGGGACAGAUAGCACUGAUGAUGACAGCAAAGGAGAAAUCAAUGAAAGGCUAUCCACCAGGGCCUCACCCACCACAGUGGCAACAACUACUAGCACUACUUCAAGGGUCUCCGAAAGGACGUUCACUGUGGUGACCUCAACACAGUCGAAGAGUACCACCAAGUCCUCUAUCAGCAAACCAGAGACUGACAAACCACCAAAGCCAUACGGGGACACACCAGGUUUGGCAGUUCACCAGAUUAUCACAAUCACUGUGUCUCUCAUCAUGGUGAUCGCAGCCUUGAUCACAACACUCGUCCUUAAAAACUGUGCGUGUUUUUGUAGCUGUGCGCAGUCUGGAAAUGGCCGCCACAAUAGCCAUCAGAGAAAGAUCCACCAGCAGGAGGAAAGCUGCCAGAACCUGACAGACUUCACGCCGGCCCGCGUGCCCAGCAAGGUGGACAUCUUCACUGCCUACAACGACAGCCUGCAGUGCUCACAUGAGUGCGUACGGACUGCCGUCCCCAUCUACACCGACGAGAUGAUCCAGCAGACACCUGUGUACAAGACGGCUUACAAUGGAAACAGGCCCUCCCCCACUGAAAGACAGCUGAUUCCUGUGGCCUUUGUGUCGGAGAAAUGGUUUGAGAUCUCUUGUUGACGAGCUGCAGGCUUUCACUCGUUUACUGGGAAAGACUUCAUGAAUCCACGCUCUGGAUCCAGUUGGAAACAAGAAACACACAAAAACAGCUUAUUUUGUAAAAUAGUGUAAUCUCUCCUCGGACACUUGUGAAGAUAUUUAUUUUUCUAGAGAUAACAAGCUGAGCAGCCGUGGAGCUGCUCUUCCAUCUUUCCCGAAAAACAGCAUUCAUUUAGGUAGAGAGUAUAUAUAUAUAUAUAUAUCUAAAUAUAUAUAGAUAUAUUUACAGGACGUAUGGGACGAGACUGUGGACAUCGAGGAUGUCUAAUGGAAAAUAUUUGACUUACGACGAAGGAGCCCAAGGAGCUGCUUUGGGUGGGAGACAAACUAUAUAUUUCUGAACAAUGUGCCAAUAAUGCCACUAUGUGCCACAACCUGGAUAAAUGGAAGUUUUAACAAUAACUGAAGGACUAAAACAAAGUGUGUUGUAUUAAACCCGUAUCAGUUUUUAUUCCUUUAUUUAUUUUCUUUUUUUUGUUGUUUUUUUAAAGAGAUGUAAAAAAAAAUACUUCAAAUGUAUUUGGAAAUGUUUUGAAGUAAUUUUGAGAAAUGUGUUGCAAAGGAGUCUAAAACGUAUUUCUACGAAUCACAAAAAAAGAGAGCUAGAAAAAAAACAUAUAUAGAUGGUUUAUGCUUUAUUGAACAAUUGACUUUAAAGACAUAAUUUGUAUUAAGUCCCAUUUUAAAACCAGAAUAGUUAUGUCUAUUUUUGUACACCUGGGAAUUAAAAAAAAAAGAAAAAAAAAAAAAAGAAAAAAAAGAGUCUGCUGCAGCACCGACAGUGGGAGAACAGAGGACCGCUGCUGUUACCCCCCGCCCCCUCCCACUGUUACCCAAAACUACUACAAAGGACCCCAUCUGCAUCUGGUUCAAGCCAACCCAAUGCUCACGUCACUGCUUCUUAAUCAUGGAGGUUAAUGAAAACAGAUAUGGAAGGUUUUCGUGGUGAAGGUGUAUGCAACAGCAUCACAUUCAUAUAGUUUGCAUACAGAGAAUCAGACUCACUGCAGGGAACUCCACAGGAUAUUCAUAGCGUCUCAGGACUGUUUAGGUUUCAUGCAAAGUACAAAUUAGUCUCUUUCUAAGCAAUUUAGUCAGACUAAAUUCUGAUACUUGGUGUAAUUCAAAUGGAAAGUGAAAGAAAAAAAAAAGAGGCUCAAACAUUUUCAAAAAUAUAUGAACCAGUUUUCUGGAUGAAAAACUGGAAUCAACAGAGACAUAAUCCUAAGGCUCAUUAUGAUCCUCAGCACGUUUCCUGACCAGAUGUAUUGCAAAGGCCACCUCUCUGUAGACCCACCAGGUCCCCUGCCAACAGGAAAGCAGUUCAAGGAGAAUAAAAUUUAACCAGUUUUCACCCAAACAGAUUGUGUUGAAAUAAAUGAUCCAGCAGAAUCUGAAAUAAUUCAAUUAAAAAAAAGCUGACACUCCCUGAUCGUUUUGCUAAAGUCAAAGGAUUAAGACAAGCCAAUUACCCACCACCAAAUUGGUUGAAACAGUCUCUGAAGUCAGGUGGAGUGAACUGCGUGGUGAGAAUAGCAGCGCUCUCCCGAGAGCCUCCUAGCACCAAUGACUUUAUUGUUAUUAAAACUUCAAGCUCUGAUUACCUUUGUGCUACGAAGCUCUUGUGGAAACUGUCUAAUAAUCUACCUGUAAUUGUGCUGUAGGUUUGUACAAAGCACAAACACAAUUCUGUAAUUGUAAACUAUUUUUUUUUUUGGGCUGCAAACAGCAAUAUGUACAGAUUUAAUGGGUUUCACUGGGUGUUGAGAAAAUUCAUUUCCAGUAAUUCACAUGGGUCCAUUUUAUCAUUUUUUUUAGACUUCUACACAAUUCCUAAAAUGUACCAAGAAAACAUGGCAAAUAAUUUCAAGGAGGCCGUUUUCACACAUGACUGAUUGAUGAUGGUUUGGGGGUUCUAAACACAGUUCAGUCCGAUAUUUUUCAUUUUUAUAUUAUUCUUAAUGUUUUUUUUUGUUUUUUUUAAGUGGCUGUUCACUUCAUUAUAGAAAAGUUCCUUCUGGAGAUUUGGUCUCAUAGUUAGAAGUGUUUGGGAUGGGAGAAAGACAGAAUACGGAGAUAUUUAUGUUUUCAAAAAUGAUAAACCUUUCUACAAUCACUGUUGUAAAGAAAUAAUUAUGAAGAAAUAAGAACUGUUUGUGUCUUAACACUUCCCAAGAGGCGAGGGAGCAAAUGGCAAAAAAAAACAAACAAAACAAAACAAAAAAACAAAAACAGGUCAUCAGUAAAAUAGAGAUAUUCGCUGCUACGUUUGCACAUUUUCUCGCUAGCUGUUCUUCCAGAUUCUUAUUUCUUUGUUUUCGAGGCAGCCUGAAAAAUCUCUGAAAGAAUUUCAGGGGAAAUGCUGCCACGUUGUUUCUAGAACAUUCCAGGACAUGCAUGUGUGAAAACGCCUUACGUGUAAACGCGAGCCCUUGUCGAGGUGUAAAAAAAAAAAAAAAAAUGAGUUGGGAUCAACACUGUGGUGCAAAACUCCUGCUUUUUGGCUCAAACACAAAAUAAAAAAAUAAAAAAAACAAACAAAACGGCUCUAACGAUUAACGCAUAACUGGUUCAGCCUCAAAUGCGUCAGGCUGUGUUGCUUCUUUGACAUAACAUAUAUUUUUUGAAUUCAGACUCUUACCUUCUCUAUCAGAGGGGUUGCGAAACCUACUGUAUAUUACACACGUGUAAAUGUAUUUUCUAUAUAUUUGCUUCUAUUUGUGUACAGGUGUGUUCUAUUUUUCAAGGCCUUUCCUGUUGUUGGGAAGGCUUCGAGCUAGGUCGGGGAUAGUGUCUUUGUUUACAUGUGUAUCUACAGUAUUUCUUUCAAAAACACAAAAACUAACCUUGUGCCAAGCUUCUUAUCUGCACUUUUGAGCAGUACUUGUAUGAUAUCUUUAGCUAACCAGUAUAAUACUUCAGUAGAUGCUGCAAUAGUUCACUGGCUGAAAAGAGGAAGGUCUGAAAGUCAGAGUACUGGGGGGCUUUAUCAGGUUCUGGUGCAUUUAUGGAUUGGCUGGAAAACCAAUGACUUGCUCUUCUCAAACACUUUCAAGUGGAAUUUAAUAUAAAGAGCACCAUCACAUGAAUAUUAAUAAAAAAAAAAA